AUGUCAUCCACUUUGUCAGACGAGAAAUCGACACCUUUCCCGGAGGAGCAAGCGGGCCUUGGUCAGCAAGACUUGCCUUUGUCCAAGGACGAACUAGAGCCCGCGCCUGAUGGUGGUCUCAGAGCAUGGCUCGUCGCUCUUGGAGCCGCUUCCAUCUUUUUCUGCUGUCUGGGAUUUUCCAAUUCUUUCGGAACGUUUACCGAGUACUAUUUGACUCACCAACUGAGCCACCGGUCUCCCGAUGAUGUGGCCUGGAUUGGUUCCCUAUCUGCAUUUCUGCAGUUCUUUGUAGGAAUGAUUGGAGGUCCCAUGUUUGAUCGUUAUGGUUCAAAGGUUAUCCACCCGGCGGCUGUCAUUUAUAUCUUCGCCGUCAUGAUGUUGAGUCUAUGCAAGACGUACUGGCAAAUUAUGCUCGUGCAAGGUGUCCUUAUGGGCGUUACCAUGGGAUUCCUGCAGUUUCCAGCCAUGGGCAGCUUGUCGCAGUACUUUGACAAAAAGAGAGCUGCUGCUUUCGGUCUGGCGAUAUCUGGAUCCUCCAUUGGUGGCAUCAUCAUGCCUAUCGCCGUGUCCAAGAUGCUCAACAUCCUCAGAGCUCGUCUGCCACCGAGCGCCGCGUCAUUCCUGAUUCCUUCAGCGUUCCUCGAAGCAAGGUACAACUUCAUCGUCAUCUCCAUCUUUUUCGUCUUCCUCGGCAUGUUUAUGCCCAUCAUCUUUCUUCCAACAUAUGCCGUGUCACAAGGCAUGGGCGCAACGCUUGCUGGCUACUUACCCGCCAUUCUCAACGCCGCAUCCACGUUUGGCCGUAUUAUCCCGGGAGUGCUGGCGGACAAGUACGGGAGGCUGAAUGUGUAUGCCUUUGGAUCUUUCAUCACCAGCAUCGUCAUUUUCUGUAUGACAGCGACAAAGAACAAUGCAGGAAUCAUUGCAUACGCUGCCGUUUUUGGCUUUACUUCUGGGACAAUCAUAUCCGGAGCAACGGUGUCCAUCACAGGAUGUGCCAAGGACCCGCGCAGUAUCGGUACUUAUACCGGCAUGGGGUUGGCAUUGGGUGCCAUUGGCGCAUUGAUCGGGCCUCCCAUAGACGGUGCCUUUGUGAAACACUAUGUUGGAUUCUUUGAAGCAGCCAUGUUUAGCGGCGCCAUGUGCCUCUUUGGUGGCAUUGUCAUUCUUAUGGCUAAACUUGCGUCUCCUGAAGGGAUUUUCAGCAGAUCGUGA